AUGUUACUAUCGUUCUUCCUCACCUACGUUUCGGCAUCUCUAGCCGUGCGCAGUAACCACUGCUGCGAAAUAAAAGGCAUUGACUGCAAUGAUCCCGACUAUUGUGAGAUUCUAUCCGACAUGGCGCCGGAAAAUCUCGAAUCCUGUGCCCGCGAGUUUCAUAAAAAUGGAUAUAUUCCUUACAACAUGGAUCUGAAUAAGCACAGUCUCGUCAUCGCUGAAUCGCUCGUUCUGGCUAAUGAACAUUGUCUUAAACAGAGCUUCGCGAAAGUAAAUUUACUCAUCCAGCAAAUUGAAACGAAGAAAGAUUUCCGAGUAGAAUAUCGCGGAGCUCUUUGGACAAAAGGACGUGUCGCCGCUGCUCUUGCUCCAAAAGAUGGGCGUUACUACGAAGCAGCUCUUGACGUUUAUGCUACGAUGGAGCGCUUAGACGGUGGUGAUUUUGAACCUGGUCUUCGAAUGUCUGAACUUUUGAUUAUGAUGGGUCGAUAUAGCGAGGCACUUUAUCCCAUCAACAAAGCGAUUAACAACGACCCCAAAAAUACAGAAUGCUUGCGCGUUCGUGGAACCCUUCACUUUCUCGAUAAUAACUUCGACGAAGCAAUAAAAGACUUCAAACUUGCUGUCGAUACCGAUCCGACCCCAGAACUCUACUACUACUACGCUCUUUCGCUCUAUCACGAAGGGCAUCUUGGUGCUGCUCUCCACGCAAUCGGUUCUGCUCUAGAAGUGCGCGCUGAUCAACCCGACGUACUCCGCCUCCAAGCCCAGCUCUUCAAAGAAACAGGCCAGUUCGACAAGGCGCUGAAAUCUCUCAACGAAGCUCUAAGUUUGGAUUACAAAAGCGCAGAAUCUAUAAUAGCAAAAGGAGAGUUGUACUUUGAUGCAGGGCGGCCUCAACAGGCGAGUCGCUGUGGCAAGUUUUACGACGGCAUUAAAGAGUUAACUACCAGAGUUCUGCGGAAUUAUCCUUUGCCCGGUCAAACGCCCACAAAUGGACAAAUUCGCUCGUUUUAUAUUCGAGAAUGGGCUCGUUACCUUUCGAUGGCUGCAGAUAAAGCGCACCUUGGAACUUAUCCGGAAAAUGAGCUUCCUCGAAAAUUUACCCUGUCUUGGUUGGCGAACGAAAACUGGCUUAUAAACGAUAUCCCAGAGUUCAAUGAUGGGAAAGGUCUUUCUAAUACGCUUGAUGUUGAAACAACGCCGUGGGAAAAUAUGGACGAGGGAAAGAAGAAACUCGCCUGUCUGGCAUUGAAGAUCGGACAGCAUCAUCGUUCAAUUACUGAUCUUGAAAAUCCGCGAAAAGAAAUGGCAAUCGGUCUUGCAGCCAUCGAAAUCUUCCAGCGCUUCAAAAACGAAGACAGAGAUAGUCAAAAAGUAAGCGCAAUGCAGCUUAGUUGGAAAGAAGCUGCGGCAGUAGCAAAUAAAUGGAUUCGAAUGGUUGAUCUGAAUGAGCCUUCUUUUUGGAUCGACGAUCUUUACACGGGAAAGAUCACUGGCAUUCCGCCUGAAGUUCUCUAUCACCAAGUCGGGACUGCGAUACCAUACCAGUACCAAAAAUAUCACGAAUUCUUCUUCAAAUAUUGCAAAGCGGCAAAGCCCGAUCUUCUUGGGAAAACUGGCGCCGACAAUAUGUCAGAUUUGGUUGCAAGAGCAGUUGAACCAGGCGAGAAGGGCUUCGUCGAUGCCGCCUCAAAGAGUUACUACAGAACAGUUGCUACCGCGAAAAUUGAGCGCAACAAAGCUCAAUUCGAACAAUUCAGGCAAGAACUUGACACUGUCUGGAGCAGGCUCUAUCUUGACAAAGACGGCAACGACGACAGUUUGGAGUACGCCUGGCUGCUCUACUUCUACUUCACUCUUCUCGCUCCAACAAACGAAAAUACUUCUGAAAUCGCUUUCGCUGUGACGUUUGGUACUUUAUUGUCACUCAGACAACAUGUCUUCCCGAAUGGAGCCCAUAGUCCUUUUCUUCCUCCUCAAAUGAUCCUGAAGCUUGAAGUCAUGCAAGCUCAAUCUCCCGAAGAGUGGGUGCGCAUGAUGAAGCAAUAUUACAACUACAACGAGAAUCGUUUCACUCACGACGAGUGGCACAAAUCCGUGUGGUUCCAAAUUCCAGAAGUGAAAAACAAAUUCAAACUUCUACGCGAUAUGACGGAAAUCUUAAACAUCGAUACUUAUCAAUACUGCGACAGUUCCAGCUCCGACAAAACUGAUAGAAUAAAAUUGUGA